AUGGAAGAACACUCUUUAGAAGAUGAUUUAGGACGAUUACUAGAAAAUCAAGACUUUCAUGAUAUAACCAUUGUGUGUUCUGAUAAGAACACUUUAGGAGCCAGUAAAAACAUCUUGGCAGCUCGUUCUAAUGUAUUCUACAACAAAAUUAUCGAUCGAAUUAAUGACCAAAAAUUUACUUACAUGGAAUUUGAUAAUAUUAACUCAACGACGAUGAAAUUUAUUUUAAAAUAUUUAUACACGUCAAAAAUACUUGAAGAGACUUUAUAUAAUGUUGAAAAUAUUAUUGAAUUAUAUUACGCGGCAAUUUUUUUUGAAUUAUCUGAAUUACAAACGCAAAUCGUUAAGAGCAUGAUUUUUCAUAUGGAAAUCAAUGGUGAAGAAUUGGUCAAAAAACUUUUAUCACAAUUUGUUGUAAAGUUUCCAUCUUUGGAAACUGAGAAUAAAAUGUCUCAACUAUUAAUCGAAUCGGUAGCAAAAAUUCAUUUAAAUCUAGAAAAAGAUUCUUUAUCAUUAAAGGGACUGAGAUAUCUAUUAUGCAAAACGUUAAGUGCCAAAAUACCUUUUGCUACACAUGAGAUCGAUUUGUUUAAUUGUGUUAUCGAUAAGUUCGAUGAGGUUGACAAAUAUUCUCUUUUGCCCUAUAUCGAUCUACGCCGAUUUGAUUCGGAUACCCUUGUAAAUGUUAUUGAACCAUUAAAAUUAUUUCCACAAGAUAGGAUUAUGGAUGCUUAUCGGUUCAAGGCACAAGAAAAUGGAAAAAAUCUAAAAUCUAUUCGUGGGAUUCCAAUAUUUAGGUGGAAGGGUUAUAACAAUAACGAUUCAUAUAAUAAUUCUUUAAGUAUUUCUAAGGAUGGAUUUACUUUAGAAGCAAGUAGGGAUCUUAAUAAUUAUGCGCACAAGACGACAGAUUUUAGCAUUAAAGGUAACGGAAUAUAUAAAUGGAGUAUUUCGGUUGAAACUAAUAGAACAUGUUAUAUUGGAAUAUGUGAAAACACUCAAUUACAUAAAGCCGAGGAUUACUGUGGUUGGGUUCUUGGAUCCAGUGGUUAUAUUUAUCACGAAAAUGAUAGUAAAUGGUAUGACGCAAAAUUUAAAACAAAUGAUGUCGUCACCGUUAUUUUAAAUAUGACUGAGAAAACAUGUGAAUUUUUAAUUAAUGGUAAGACUACUGGUGUUAUCACCGGAUGGGUAAAUCUUCCUUCUGAAGUUUAUCCAUUUGUUUCGUUAAAAAAAGGUUGUAAAUUACGUAUUAUUCAAGAUGAGACUAUGUAA